AUGUCAACGUCCAAAUUGGAGAAGAAGAUUUGGACUCUGGAGCAGAAGCUACGGGAAGAGUUCAAUGCCGAGCUGCACAGCGGACUGGCCAAGUUGCUCGCUAGAGUGGACCAUUUGGAAACGGAGAUGCUUCUCCUCAAAGGGGACACACCCCCGGUACCAACGAAUUCAAAUCCGAAGGAUGCUCUGGCCAGCGACUUCCCAGAAGAUCCUUCUCCCAGACAGAUUGCUCAGGCCAAGCCCGGGCAAGUGGUGCCGCUUGUGGAUACAGGCCGAGAGGCCUGGGACGAGACUCCUCAGAACGAGGUGCAAGACAUGAAGGACCUCGAAGAUGUCUUGGAGCCGGUGGGCUUUCACGAAUCAACUUGGAAUGUAGUUCUAGUGCUAGGGUUCACAGAGGCUGGCUGGCUGGACAACUUCAUAGGUGUCUUGCUUCUACUUGCUAGCGCUGCACUGCAGGUAACCAUUAGUCUCAUCCUGCUGUCUGAAGAUUUUCUGGGGGAGCCAUUUUCCAAGCAUAUAAGCCACGCGGAGAAGUGGCGACGCGGGCUGGCACACGAUUACAAGCACAUGGACCUUUCGGAGGUGAGCCUUGCCUCCCGGGUUUGCAAUAAGGAUGACACAAUAAUUGUUUCUACCAGCCAAGCGAAUCUCAUAGCUCAGAUCAACGCCUUUCUGAGCAUCAAGCCUGCACAACUCGAGCCCACGGAGAUGCGUCGUGGCAUUCUACUCUGCAUGCUCUGCAUUUUCCUCUGGUGUCUCUACCUAUGCAAUGAGUUCCGAUCGAUCGGCCUGUCUGUUGAGGCGAUUUUACAGGUGCCGAGGCGAGCGCACAGCAAGUUUCAGCAGGGGCGCUUGGUGAGUAUAUCCUAUGCGCGAUGCCUUGUGUUCUGCUGUGCGCGGCUAGUGCGAGGCAUGAUUGCCGCUUUUUUGCUGUAUGGUGGCAUCCUUUGGCUAGCUAACACGACAUCCAUCAAAGACCUGGUGCUGAAUGCCGUGGCACUUGGAGCGAUCUUGGAUGUUGACGAGAUGUUCUUUGCGGCCCUGAUGCCCAAGAAAAUGCAAAUCAAGAUUCAGGACCUUGAGGCGAUCAAGGUGGUCUAUUCUCGGAGGCGCAGCCAGUUUGAGGCCGUGCUCCUCCUGGUGAUCAUGACAGUGUUAUUACUAUGGCCUUGGUUUCAGCUCGUGGAACCUCUGGGCGAGAACAUGAAGCUGGUGAAGAAAAAGUUUUGUGAUGGUGAUCAGGAUUUUGUUGUGGACGUCAAUGAGAACCAAGAAGUGACUAUUGGGCGAAACACAGUGCCUUUCUCAAGCAACAGGAAUGCCACUCUGAUUGAGAAGGCCGUCACGGACUUUGCUUUUUCCGAGGGGCGCGUGUGGCAACGCAUUCUUUUUGAAAAGAACAGAAAGUUCGAAAGCAAGCGAACCCAAACCAUGGAGGCCAUAGCGAAAACGGUCUUAACAUGCGAAAACUUCGAUUCCUGGCUGGAUGACAACCAAUCCCUAGACAUGUUGGCAGUUUACGGCCCCUAUUGGUAUUCCACCGCACAUAGUGUCGGUUUUCCCGACAACAGCAGCUGCGAAGACAUGCGUCAGCUCUGUGACUACGAGGGCCACCACCUUCUCCGCCUGUCUUGUGGUGUGACAUGUGGAUGUGAAGACGUGUUUGCGAAUCCCUGGUACAAGGUGGAGCACCAUGGAUGCUCGAAAGGGUGUCGCGACUCAAUGAAGUUCGGCAAGAUGCGGGAUCUCAACUGCACGGACGUCCCAGUUACUGCGAGGACCUGGCAAGAUUUUUGGCAGAUGUACCCUGACGAGGUGGAGUCCCUUGCAGUGGUCUUAAGCCAGCCAUUGAGAAACGAAGUGAAGGCCAUAGCCCAAAAGAUGAUGACUGAGGGAUGUCGUGCCUUGCUGAAUGUGUCUGAAGACCCGGUGACACUUACAAACUAUUGCGCCGGCAACACGAAUCCUGAGCUCUGGUCCGCGGCCCCACUGCGUCAGCUUUGCCCCGCUACCUGCUGCUCUCAGGCGAGCAGCCCAAGCUGCCCGACUCAGUGUUGCUAUGACAAGAUAGACUGCGACAAUGCUGAUUGCAACGACGCUGCUGUGAGGGAGAACUGCCAGCGCACCUGCGGGCAGUGCUUUGCCUAG